AUGGAUCAGCUGGUGGCCCUGGUGGGGUUCAAUAACCUCCGCAAGCUGAACAGCAACCACACGCUGGAUAUACCGCAUCUGCUGAGCUCGACAACAGUGUCCAACCCCUUAGCACGCAUGUUCACUCGCAAUAAGUCCCAGGAUACGCUUCUGAUGACGAACCAGUCGUUGCACACUCUGCCCCGAGCCGGGCCCGAUUCCGACGACGCUGAGCUGGUGGCUACGGCCAAAUCACUGAUAAAGUCACUGGCUAAACCGAGACUACGCCUCGGUAAGCUCAAGAAGAAGAAACCGGAGUUGAAUGUGCAAACACUGUUUGCUAGUUUCACCACACCCAAAGACGCCAUCAGUGCUAGUCCGGUGACGGCGUUCCACAACUUGUUUCACCGGAACCAAGGCCUGCCUGCCCCUCUUACAGGUGAUCUGAAGAAGUCUCGUACGCUGGAUGAUGCUGCCACCCUAGCUUCGGCCCAUGCCGCUGCCUCCACUGAAAUACCACUGAGGAUUAUGUUUUCGAGUAAUAACUCCAAUUCUCAAGUUACCGAUGUCGUGGAGGCGAUAAAACACAAUUUCGUCAAUAAUAAUGAUCUCUUGGGUCCCGAUGACUCGGUGAAAGCCGCUGCUGAUGAGCGAGAACCCCACCACGCGUUGUUUGAAUUACACCGGAAACUCAUGGUCCCCACUGACCAUUACUUACAAAAGUUGAAGAAAGAGACGGGAGAUACUGAGACUAUGGGUUUGGGCAUUUCUACCGUGGGAGAGUAUACCAAUACCUCGGACUAUACUCUGACCAACGCUCAGUUCUUUACCGCUUUAGCCACACUCACCCGACCCGUGUUUGUCCCCCUGAAUUAUCGCCAUUUGGGAAGUGGCGGGACUAUCCCCCACGUCACCAUGCUGAUGGAGGAAGUGCUGGCGGUGAUCGUCGACCACUUCUGUGGCCGCCACGAGCGUGCCCUGCCCACACGAGCCCUGCUGCCUUUACAACACCACGAUGAGAAGUUGGACCUAAGAGAGAGCUAUAAAGUGAGAGCAGUGGCGCAGGAUAUUGAAACGUUUUGUUAUAAGAUGCUUGGCCUAGUAUUUGUCGAUGUCCUGACUCCUGAGAUUAACUGGGGCGGCCAAUCAUUACUGGGUCCCGUCGCCGGCGUGAUGGCUGAAUGGGGCCGUUUGGCCCUGGCGUGGACGGUGUUUAAUAACCGUAUCCGUUUCUACUUAGUGGGGAUCUUUGCUCAACUAUUCCGGGCUUUGAAAUUGGCUGGCAUUGACCUUGAUCUUGAUGAAUUGGUGGUGAAAGGGUUUAAACACGCGGCGAUCGAUCCCGUGGUGUAUGGACGCCUGAGACUUGAAUACGAUCGGGAAGUGGAAUCAGCGGUAUUGAAACAGAACCCCAGGCUAUUAACUCAAUUGGUCCGGUGUGUAGGACUCCGCCGACGAGCCAGCCACCAACUACACGACCCUCCCAAAGGGCUGUUGUUUCUGUUAUCGCAACGGGGAGACUAUUUUGGCGACGCUCCUCAAGUACCCUCGCCAAGGCUGUGGCUGCACUAUUUGGCCCCCCAGGCUCAGUACGUUGGCGCCCAGGUGCUGGGCAAGAUCAGCUAUCACAUAUUGGUUGAGAUCAAGACGGUGGACUUGGUCAAUCUGACGGUGCUGGGGUUUCUUUUGAUCAGAGGCCUCAUUACCGACCAGGAUAUGGUCACCUGUUUCACUGGGGAAAUAAUCAAUAACCCUUGGGCUCACGCCGGUGGCAGACCAGUACAGCAGUACCUGUUUGUCGCGGAAAACCCCCAGUGGGGGCUGUUCUUUGCCAACGAUAUGGAGCACUGGAAACACCUUAUCCCCGAUGUGACAGGUGCUAGCGAUAGCGACGUCGCCGAUAGGUUACAACACUUAUUUGCAGGAGACGGCUACGGCCACGACGUGGUGUUUAUGCGGUGGAAAGAGCAAUUCCUCGUCCCCGACCUGAGACUCAAGCUGAUUGCUGGUGCUUCAUUUGACGGCUUCUACUACGUGUCCUUAAGUCUAGGAGGAGACGGCAGACCACCGGGGACCAUCACCGGCAUGUAUUUCAGCAAUAAGACGCUGGAGAAGUUCCAGACGUUAAGAUUGAAAUACGCCGGUGGAGGCAGCGACCGCCAACUGUACGAGUUUGUCUGA